GGACUAUGGCGGUCUGCUUGAAAUCAGUCAUUCUGAUCUGGCUCAUUAUUUCUGUUCAGAUUUAACAUUUGUAGGGAAAUAUCUCAAAUACAUUAACGUGAAUGAGAUCUCAUCUGACUAUGAGUCCAUCAUGAAGUGCAUCAUCCCAGGCGUUCACAUCAAAGUCUUUGGACGAGCCAUCCAUUCUUUGUCAAAAAUUGGAGAUGAGCUGUACUUUGAACCUUUAGAACAUGGGCUGGCUUUGCGGACAGUGAACUCUUCUAGAUCAGCUUAUGCAUGUUUCCUGUUUUCUCCGUCAUUCUUCCAAGACUAUGACGAUGGUAUUUCUGAUAUUUCAUCCCAGAACAGUGAUGAGGAUGCUCUAAGGUGUAAAAUCGGUAUGAAGUCCUGUCUUACUGUGUUCAAAUCAAUGGCAACCAUUGAAAAGACAGUUGAGCGAUGUAAGAUCAAGAUGAACAUGCAAGAAGCACGAUUAAUAUUCCAACUUCAUUGUAAACACGGUAUUGUUAAGACCCAUAACCUAGCCUUUAUAGAGUGUGAGACUCUCCAGGCUGUGUUUUCCAAAGACAUGUGCAUCAACAAGCUCACUGCCCAUCCUAAAUUGUUAUCAGAAGCUGUUUUGAAUUUCCAAAGUAAUCAGGAGGAGAUAACUCUUAUUGCGUCUCCAGAAAGAAUAAGCCUAAAGAACUAUGUAGAUGAGGAACCAGAUCCAAACAAGGUAAUGCACACUAUGUUGAACCUUGACCCCAGUGAGUUUGAUAGCUGUCAGGUGGGCGUGGACACUGAAAUCACUUUCUGUCUGAAAGAGCUACGAGCUAUCUUAUCAUUUGGAGAAGCCACCGGAAUGCCAAUCUCUAUACAGUUCGAGACUUCUGGAAGGCCGGUGGUGCUGUGUAUAGACAGUGACAGUGCAUUUGAAGCCAACUUUGUCCUGGCGACGUUAGCCGACCAGCAGCCAUCUCAGUCUGGAGGCGCCUCACAGCACGCUCCUUCUUCUAGAACUGUGCCAAAGAAACAGAGGAGCAAAGCAAAACCUAGUGGCCGAGUAUCCUCCAUGAGUCAAAGAGGACAAUCUGUCAGUGCAAAUGGAGACAGUAAUGCAAAUGAGGUCUCCGGCAAGAAUGACCGACAGAGGCAGAGGACAGAAAAACAGAAUAGGAGUGAGCGUCUUGAGAUGGCCUAUGUUGAACUGAUGGAUGGGGAUUUUGAUGAUGAAAUGAUAAACGAUGAAACUGAUAUGACUUUAAAAUCACAUAAACAAUGGCAUAGUGAGUCAGCUGACCAACAUUCAGGAGGAAAAGGUGUUGAAAGUCCUGUGCCUUGCACAUCUAGGAUAACAAUUCCCGUUCAAAUAUCCAAGGGCUCUCAGGAGAGUGUGGGCAGUCCAGUUAUACCUAAUCAGUCCACAGCUAAGGUUUUUGAUACAAGUGCACCGAAUAUUACCGUUAAUGAAGAUGAAGAGGAAGAUGAGGAAGAUGAUCUUGUGCCUGGUACACCGCCCAGGAAAAAGUUCCGGUCCCUGUUUUUCGGUAGUUCCCAAGCAAGCACACAGUCUCAAUCUGUUCUCCAGACCAGUGCGGUUCUGGCAGAAGACACUGACGACGAUGACUGACAUGUGUGUGGAUGUCUUAGACUGGCAUCAAUAUUGAUAUAAUUUUAAUAAGCUGGGUUGUAUUGGUGCAUACAAAAUCUAAUUGAAGCAAAAUCUGGGAUGCUAACCAAUAUAUUUUAACUUUGAAAGGCCGCAAAUAUAUGUUUAGACAUACUGUAUGGAUUUCAGUGGCGAUCAGAAUGAAGAAAAGUGUCUUAAUAUAAAGACUACCACAUUGCACUGUUGUUAACCCGUUUCAUGAAGCUGAUGUACAGAAGCAGACGGUGGAGUAGGUACAGACAUGUACAACAUAUUCCCAGAGGAAUAGCUCAAAAUAUUUCUUAAAAGACUCAUUAAAUGAUAUAAUUCAAAAGAAAAUGAUGAAUGUCAUACCAAGUGCUACAUAAAAUGUAUGUUAUAUUGAGAUCAUGUCUGCUAUUAUAAGUUGAAUAUUAAUGUAUGUUUUUACUGAAAUGUCAUUGUUAUUUAUUAUUAUUUGUCCUAGUAUCCAUUUUCUCAAAACGGAAUGGGUUAUCUUGUAUUGAAGAUUAUUUGUU